CACACUGCUGGGGGUUCGGGUUUGUCGGAGGGUCCUUUUCGUCCUGCGAAAAAAACGGCAACAUCGUGUGCAUAAUCCAGAGGGUGUGACCAAAUUGAACGACACGAAAUUUUCAUACUUUGCCCAGUCUUCGGAAUGUGAAGGUCCUUGCUCGAGUGUUGUGUUGCCUUUUCUCUGAAAUUGCAAAAACAAAAAGUCAAAUCAAGCUGAACCAAAAAACAUUGCAAGUUUAUUGCAUUCAAAAGAAAGACGCGUGGGCCAGAUAAAGUCGAAUUAGCAAGUUAAUUAAUAAAACGGCCAAAGUCUGUCAACUGGAAAAAGUGCAGCAAAAAUGCACGGCAAUUUGGAUUCGGUGUCAAGAGGUUAGGAAACUCAGGCCCGUGAGCACGUAGCAGGAAAACCCAGCAGUAACGAGGGAAAGGAGAACCGCCAGAAGCAACUAAACAAAGGACAGGAAGAGCAGGCACAUAAUCCAGAAGGGGAAUAGCCAAGGAACGCAGGCCAGGAUGGGCGACUAUCACGAGUUCACGGACCAGUACAAGGUGCCGGUGAUAGCGAAGCUACUGCACGCCCUACCCCAUUACAACAUCACGUUUCACAAGAUCAACAGCACGUUCCGGCCCAACGAUGAGAUCUACUUGGAGAGCUUGGGCAUUUUGGGCUCAGUUCCUGCUGCCCUGCUGAUCGUCUCGCUGCUGGGACUACUUUUCUAUCUGAUGACGCGCUGCUGCGACCGGAAACCCCGGCCAGCCCACUCGAUCACCAGCUUGAAGGUGGCCCUGUCCAUCGUAACGGUCAUGUGCUGCGCGGCGAUUGGACUGGGAUUGUAUGGCAACGAUGAUCUGCACAACGGACUGCUGGAGGUGCUGACGGCGGGCAGAAAGGUGGACAAUCUGGUGACCACCAUCCGGAAUCAGACGCACAUCCUGGAGAACACGCUGACGAAUCGCAUACGGCCGCAAUUGGUGGAAUUGGCGGACAUCUUUGACCAGCCGGUGUCGAAUCAAACGGCGCUCUCAAAGCUUUUUGUAUCGCUAAACAUUGUCCAGGGGAAUGUUACCUUGGCCACAAACGCAGCCAGCGAUAUCCGACGACCACUGAUGGGCAUCUCCAUGACGCACUUUUUGACGCGAGGCGACCAAUGGGAACUGAUUCGAUGGCCGGGCACAGUGGCCACUUUGGCAUUGCUACUUGUCCUGUGCGCCGUGCUGCUGGUGGGCGUGGCCCGGCACUCACGUUGCGCCCUAAUCCUGUUCAGCGUCUGCGGCCUGCUGGCCGUCACCGGUUCCUGGCUGAUGUCCGGUCUGUAUCUCUCCUCAUCGGUGGCUGUCGGCGAUCUGUGCAUCUCGCCAGCGGAUUUUCUGGUUUCCACGGCACCCAGGGACCUGCCCACCAAUGUCCUGCUGCACUAUACCCAAUGCGAACCGGGGCACACGAAUCCGUUUACGCAGCGCUUGAGGGAAUCACAGAAUUCUUUGAACAACGCUCGCAGUGCCAUGGCCACGGUAAUGAAGAUCUCGCUGGUGCUCUUUAAAUCGUCCGGCUUGCAGCCGAAAUUGGGUGCCGUGAAUGCGGAUCUGAAUAGUAGUGAACGGCUAUUGACCCAGCUGACGGCACUCGUGGACUGCAAGGCGGUGCAUCAUAAUUUUCUGGCCGCCGCCCGGGGACUUUGCGAGGGUGGCCUACUGGGAUUGGUCCUGAUGCUGAUAGCCAGCUUUAUUGCGGCCAUUUUGCUAACGAUUAUGGUUUGGGUGGACUCGCACACAUGGAUCUACAUACGGAAGCGGAAUGACUAUGCCCAGGUGGAUGAGCCAUCGUAUAUAUCGCAUCCGGCACCGCAGAAUCACCAGCAGAUGAUGAAUGCCGCCAGGACAUUGCCGCGAAAUCACAAUGGGCACUUCAGUCCGCCGGUGAUCAGUGGCUCCCACACGCUCCAGCAUCCCAGCAAGCGUCAGCAGCACGAGAUGAUGGCCCACGCCCACAUCCAGCAGAACAUGCGCGCUAUGGGCACCCACACGCUGGGCCGGCUGCCGUCGCACAACCACAGCCCCACCCACAUGACCGGUCCCAAUAAUGCAGCAGCAGUCGCAGCAGCAGCUAACGCCGCCGCCAACAUGCCGCCGACCACGCAGGCCGCCCAACAACAGCAACAGCAACAGCAGCAGCAGCAGCAACAGCAGCAACAGCAACAGCAGCAGGCACAGCAGCAAUUAGGAGGACCACAGCCCAUCUAUUGCCAUCAUCCGCAUCAGCAUCCGCAUCCCCAUCCGCACCAGCAUCCGCAUUCGCAUUCAGCCGCCGCCGUGGCCGCUGCAGUGCAGCACCAGCACGCGAUCUACCAUCAGCAGCAGCAGCAGGCGGCCCAGCAAUAUGGCACCUAUACGACAGCGGCCCACCAUGGACCGCAUCAUUUGGGGCCGGGCCAGAGUCAGAUUUACCAGCAGAUUCCGGCUCAUUUGGCGCCGCAAUUGGCUGCCAACGGGAAUCCACAUUCCAUAUACCAGCCGCUAGUUGCCGUCAGCCAGGGCUCCAUAUAUGUAUCAAAUUUGGCCACAAUGCGACGACAGAAUAGCCAGGGUGGACCACAAAUUCCGGCACAUCAGCAUCCACCCAGUUUGCAUCAGCAGCAGCAGCAGCAACAGCAGCAGCAGCCACCGCCGCCAUCGCAGCAGCAGCAACAGUUGCAUCAGCUCAAGUCACCGCAGCAACAUCAGCAGCAGCAAUUGCAGCAGCAGCACCAGCAGCAGCAGCAGCAACACCACCAGCAGCAGCAGCAGCAGCAUCAGCAACAACACCAGCAGCAACAUCACCAGCAGCAGCAACAGCAGCAGCAGCAAAACGAAUCGGAUGUCAUACCCAUUAGCACGGCCAUGGAUAGCGCCAUUUAUGAUCGGGACAAACAGAUCUACAAGUGCUCCACAUUGCGGCAGGGCGGCAAGUUUGAUCCCAAGUACAAGCCAUCGAUACUCAAUUGCCCGCUGCCGGAGAUACCCAAGGAUGCGGAGCAGCCCAAGGUGGAGUCCAUCUACGAGCAGCGCCAGCAGGCCCACCACCAAAACUACUCCAAGACCCUGCAGCGUCCGCCAAUGAAAUUGCCGCCGCAGAUGAAGGCGAUUCCGCCGCCGCGCAUUGGCACGCCCACUUCGCCACCCCCGCCCGCCGGUCAGCCGCUGGGCGAGGCCAACGGUGGAGUACCAUCUGGCCUCCAGAAUGGAGGAGGAGGCGGCGGAGGAGUAGGAGGAUUGGGCGGGGGAAACACCAAUGAGGACACAUCGCUGCCGCCGCCGCCGCUGGAGGCGCAAACGGAGGCGACAAAGGGACGAAUGGGACCGGCGGCCAAUGGCAAGGUCCUGCACAAUGGCGGAGGAGGCGGUGGGGGCGUGGCCGGUGUGGGCGGAGGAACGGUGGACGAUGAUGAUGACCUGCCGCCGCCACCGCCAGCGAUAACCGACGAAAGCAACUAUGCGGUAACGGAGUUGUAAGAUGUGAAUAGUGGAUGAUGGAUGAUGGAUGAUGUAUAAUGGAUAAUGGAUAGCUAAAGCCAGAGAGAAACCAGAGAAAACCAGAGAACCACAGAAAAGUCAGGCAAAGAAAUACAGAACAGGAAUUGGUCAGGAUUGACUUGGGAUUGGGGCCGUCUUCCUAGAAUUCGUGUAGGAUAGAUAUACAUAUAUAUAUCGUGAGGGAAUGGGACUAAGGAUUACUGGAGCGGCGAGUGUGUUCCUUCUUGAUUUGUUGCAUUUAACGUAUCGUAUCGUAUCGUAAUCGUAUCCUAGACCGGAAUCCUGCUUUUCGACUUUUGUACAUACUAUACACACACACACACACACACAGAACUAUAUCUAAACAUUCAAACGAAAUGGAUAUAAACACACAGAUACUACAUACACACGCACAGACAGACAGACAGACGGACAUACAAUAUGUAACAUAUAUCAGCGAUCUAUUACUUAUAUAAAUAUAAAUCCAUUUAGGACACGGUUAUUCCUUUUUGAUAAUAGCAUAUUUUUACCAAUUUUAAAGCGCUAAAUUGUCGAAAAGAAACAAUUUUAUGGGGGCUAACUUAUUGUAUUAUACAACAUUAAUCUAUAAAAAAAAAAUAUAUAUAUAUAUAUAUAAAUUGUAUAUCCUCUACAAGCAAAAACAGAAAAAAAAGAAAAAAAGAAAAGAAACCAUACUGGAAACAAAAGACCGACACUUGAACCUAAAAACCAACCACCAAAUAAUGAAAAUCGAAUUCGGAUCGUAGGCCAUAAGUUCUAGAAUCGAACUGUAGUAGAAACGUUAGCAAAGAUUUUUUAGGCACUUGUCGGGGAGUCAAUUUUUAAGUAGACAACGGGCAACUGAAUGGAUGGGCAAAUGGGCGUGGCAUGUUUUUUUAUUUGUUUUUUCGAAAAAUUUUGAAAUAUAUGUAUUUAUUUAUGGAUUGAAAUCUCUUACAAACCCAAAAUCAAAACUAGAUUAAUUUUGCAAUCGUUUUAUCUAUUUCUGUGGCAAAACUGAACUUUUAUUUUUAAUUAAUCUGGGAAGUUUUAACACUUUCUUAAAGGUUUUUUUUUAAGUUGAGAUAAGCUAACAAAUUCUUUUGAAUUUUCUAUACAGAUGUGAUAUUCUGAACUCUAGUCAUUUUAAUGUUACUGAACUCUCUCAGAUGGCAUUCCAAAUUACAAUUUAAAUAUAUUUGUUUUUUUUUUCUAAAUGAUCAUUUACUUAUACCUACGUUUUUAUGGCCUAAGUUCCUGACUGAUUGCAUUUAUACCUAUGUACUCCUAAAAUAAAUGUUUACAAAAGUGAAUAAUAAUGUUUUCAAAGGAUUCCAUAAUCCUUGUUUUAUGUUAUAAGAAAUUAGAACCGAUAUGACCUCGAGUAUGCCAAACUUACAUUAGUCAAUGGACGAUUAUUUAAACACUCCACAAACACGAACUGCUAUUGUUAAGACCCCGAAUCUAAAAUCAUCGACCCGUAAACCCCAACCAUUCAGACGGUUGUCCCGUUUAGUGCUCGAUCCUGUCCUGGAUCUGGGUUGUGCUGCGGACGAUCCCAAACACACACACACACAAAGGAUCGUCCGGGACUGGCGGGCUAAAUCGAUCGAGGAUUUGAGCCUGCGAUUUUAUUGUGUAUCUAACCUAAGCUUAACAUGGAAUGCAUUUAUUAAAACCUAACAUUAACAAAGAUAUAUGUAGAUAUUUAGUGGGCUAACUGUAUAUUAAGUAGCUAAACAAAAGGCAUAUAGUUUAUAGCGUAAACAAUAACCAAAUAGAUGAGACAUUUAUUGGUUGGUUGUAAACGGUGCAGCUGUUUGCGGCCAGCUUAACAUUCGACUUGGCAUGGAACCGAUAGCAAUACAAAAACUAACACAAAGUACUGCCCCCCCAAAAACAAAAACAAAAACAAAAACAACCGACAAAAUGAAACCAAACUACAAAAGUUAUAUAGAUAUAUACACACGCGAUAUAUACACAAAUAGAUAUUAUAAAAAAAAAAACAAAUAGUUAUAGACAAGAUACAUAAGCCUAUCGACAACUAUAUACCAGCAAACACACAGCAAGAAUAAUCGAAGCAUUUUUAGAGGGAUUCCCGCAGGCCAACUUUAAAUGGACGAGGCCAAGGACACGGCCAAUCAACUAAGUCGACUUAAACGAACCCCGAACACUGAACACUGAACACUGCCCACACAGCGAAAGUUCUCAACAUUUACCGAUCUAGCCAUAAUAUCUAUAUAUAUAUAUAUAUAUAUAUAUAUAUAUAUAUACACUUAACGAACCCUAACUAGAGCGUACUCUCAUUGAAAUGAUCAAUUGUAAGAUAUUAACAAUCGGGUACUCAAAUCGAAAUUAAUUCAAUCGUAAAACACAAACGACAUUUUUAAAGUAAAUAUGUAAAGAUGGUGUAAAGAAAAACUGAACAAACUAAUCAAGUUUUUUAUUCGCUUAUUAUACAAUUACCGGUUAUAAAACAAACAUACAGACCUUCUCAAGGGGUCAUCGAAAGUAUAUAGCAACAAACACUGAAUCGAAUCCUUUAAGGAUCCAAAAAACAAGAAAUCCCCCCCCCC